AACGAGUACAACCCCAGUACCGUUUAGAUGGGAACCGGGAGCCCCGUCGGUAGAUGAUGGAUGAAGUAACACCAGUACGAUAUAUGGAAGUCGCGAUUACAGCUGACAUGGACAUCCCAUUGGACAUUCCAUGAGUGAGAUGGCACAGCUGCGGGAGACUUUUGGACGCAUCCGAUUGGAGCACGCGGGGCAUCAAGCUUCAAAUGCCUAAAGAGAGAGCAACUUGAACAUCCCCUCUUCAACCUCCACCUCAGUGAACCCGUCACCCGAUGCUUCUCCCAUCAAUUCACACCAUUCUGAAAGACCAAAAAAGUUCCCUGCAGUUUUUUCACGACAAUCACGCACCUGGAAGGAGACAACAUGGUUUCCUCGUCACGGCGGACACCUCAACACGGGGCGUGCAUCAUGAACUUUCAACCCAGCCUCACCUCGACCGCUGGAUCGGCCGGAUCGGCUGCCCCCGUGCCAUCAUGUGUCUUAAAACAGCAUGCCAAAGCCGAACGGGCCGCAGUCUACCCGCACGUUGAGAGGCUGUACCUGCACGAGAGGUGGAAGCUCCGUCACGUUAGAGCCACCAUGGAGGAGAAAUACCACUUCAAGGCCAGCCCUCAGAUGUACAAAAAACGUUUCGCAAACUGGGGAUUCCGCAAGAAUGCCACAUAUCAGUCGCGGCAGGGGACAAACACCAGCUUGCCCCUGACACCAGCUAGUACCACCCUCGACGCCUGCGCAAUGGCUUUUUUCACCACCGUCAACCAGUGGACGUCAAGAUUCUUCCAGUCCGCCGACUUCAAAAAUUGUCUUGCUUCAAACGGCGUCUGGAAACAGGGGCCACUCUAUCCCCCCGCCCCCUCUUGUGAAAGACCUGCCCUUCUGUACGACCCCGAAAGAGCCAGUUACGCCUUCCGGCUUGUUGCCAGGCUUCUGCGGGAUGGACAGGGCAUCCUCGCCGGUCGAUUGGCCCGAAAGGCCUUCUUGCAAAUUGAAGAUACGAUGCUCAUCGAAAGCCCCGCCUUCAUCUGGAAUCUGCUGGAUAUCAUGCACGCUAUCCUUCGCAUGGGGCAAGCCAAGCUCUUCCAUAUGCUGCUCAUGCACCUUCUUGGCCUUGCAAACUUGCACCAUGACUGCAGGAAUCAUCCAGCAUCUUUGAUUCCGAGUUCUCUGGUGCAACUCAUGCGACAUUGGAGCGCUGAAACUGGGGUGGGAUCUCUCGUAUUGAUGGACCAUAUGCGAGAGAUUGUAGAACGUGGAUGGCUUCUUAACGCCGGUUACUUUGACGCACGGCUCUUGUUUCUCUAUUAUCGUCUGAUGUGGGACUCGACGCCAUCUGCCUUGCCAGAGGACAAGCUACACAACGUUCAUCUCUGGUUUCCUCUUCUUGCCGACCAGGUACCCGUUGUAGCUGCAGAGUUGCAAGAGGCCAAGUCUCGCACAUGCAUUCAUUCCGUCCUCGAGCCUGCUGCCUGUUGUCGGAUAGAGGAUGGCACGGAUAGUGAACCGCCAGACUACGAGCGUAUCCGCGAUAGCACUGCCGCUACUCUCCGUGACAGAUACAGUGCAGACAAUGUCAGCCCAUGUGUGAGGGUUCGCAUUAUACAAGGGCUUCUUAAGAGCAGGAUUGCCGAGGGAAGAGACGACAAGACAACCACAAUGACCCACGCGAGGGCAAACAGUCGUGCUUUGCGCCUUUUUGCCAAAAUUGUAGCAUUCGCGACUAAAGUUCUUGCAGAGGUGGACAUGGAGCUGGGAGGAAACCUCGACGUCGCCAUUGAGCGAUGGCGUGCAGUGAUUGCCCUGCGGGAAUACGGACAAGAUGCUCACGAUCCGAUCGUGAUACACGACUUGGGCUCAUUGGAGGCCUUGCUCCUGAAGAAAGGGUUCGAGGAAGAGGCCGAUAACGUGCGACAGGAGGCACUUUUAAAGGAUGGAAAGCUACGUCGAGAACAUUCCAACUCAUUCGAAUUAAGAGAAGCACGAUGUGAGCCAUCAGCGAAACGCCAACAACGAGUGGAAAAUGUACAUCCCAUACCGGACAAGGCCGGCAACUAGCUUUAACUAUAGAUGUUGUACAAUAGGCGCAAGAGAACGCUCUUUUUUCUACCCAUCUCUUUCAAGCCUCUAGGUACACAUUUAUCGCCACUGAUACUUCCUCUCAAGUAGC